ACCGAUACUAGCAGUGUUUUUAUUACCAAAAGCGUUAAAAUGAACCAUUAUCGGGCGCGCGAGGCUAGCUCUCACGCGUAGACAAAUCAGUUAUGGAGGGAGAGGCUAUAAAAAUGAGGCGGUGGCCCUGGAGACGCCUGCCAGUUAGGAGCUGAACUCAGGGGGACUCCCAGGAUUUCAGAGGUUCUUUAGGAAAGUAUAAGAUGAGCUGUGAGCUGCAGUAAGGUGGUCUCCAGCCAGUGCUCCCACCCCCUCUGAAUGCAGUUCAUGCUUUUAAACAGGAUGGCCGACGUGAAAGCCUGCUUCUCCAUGAGUGGGAAUCCACCUCCACCAGAGGUCAUAAAUCACCAGAGGCCUGGGCGCGUAACCAAUCAGCUGCUCUACCUGCAGAAGGUGGUCAUGAAAGCUCAGUGGAAACAUCAGUAUUCGUGGCCUUUUCGCCAGCCUGUCGAUGCGGUCGCUCUGGGUCUUCCUGAUUAUUAUAAAAUCAUUACUUAUCCUAUGGAUCUCAGCACAAUCAAGAGGCGACUGGAGAACAGGUAUUACUGGGAGGCCAGUGAAUGUGUGAAAGACUUUAAGGCCAUGUUCUCCAACUGCUACAUGUACAACAAGCCCGGAGAUGACAUUGUUUUCAUGGCACAAACAUUGGAAAAAGCCUUUUUGCAGAAAUUGUCUCAAAUGCCAAAGGAUGAAGUGGUUGCUAAGACGUCUUCACUUGAGCCAGAGAAAGUGAAAAAAAACAACACAGAUGCAGGAAAGCACAAGAGUCGUUUGUCAGAGCUUGUUUUCCAUCAGAUGGUAACAGUUCACCCUCCACAUGUGGCUCAAAUGGACCCAACCAAUCCACAGUCUGCAAAAACACACAGAACUAUAAAAAAAACCUGUAAGAAGAGAGCUGACAUGGCAAUACCCACUACCUCUGUAUGCCCAAACCCUGAGGUAACCCCUGACGAGGAUCCUUCCAAAGCUUGCUUGUUGCUGUCCAGAACAAGCGGCAAAAGACACAUUAAGCCUCCUAAGAAAGAUUUGGCUGAUUUUGAGCACAAGAGGGUCAAAAUGACAGAACAGCUGAGGUACUGUAGCAAUAUCCUGAAAGAGAUGCUCUCCAAAAGGCACUAUGCGUAUGCCUGGCCCUUCUAUACACCAGUGGAUGCCGUGGCUUUGGGUCUGCACGACUACCAUGACAUAAUCAAGCAGCCUAUGGACCUGAGCACCAUCAAGAAAAAAAUGGAUCAUCAAGAAUAUUCAGACCCCAAGGAAUUUGCAGCUGAUGUGCGCCUGAUGUUUUCAAACUGCUACAAAUACAACCCGCCGUCGUAUCACGUGGUUCUAAUGGCAAGAAAACUGCAGGACAUCUUUGAAAGCCGUUAUAUGAAUAUUUUCCAAGAGCCUAAAGGGAGCUCAGUGUCGCUCCAGUGUGGUAACCAUGAGAAACCAGGCGAAGUUGGAAGUCCCUCAUCCUCCGAGAGCUCAGACAGUAUGAACUCGUCCGAGUCGGAUAGGUCGUCGGAUGAGGUCGCCAUGCAGCUGGCUCAGCUGGAGGACAGGCUGAAGGAAGUCGGAGAGCAGCUAAAGAGGCUUUCCGAAGCACCUCUGAAGCCCGGGAGGAAAGCAAAACGGAAAAAGAAAAAGCGAUCCAAUGAAAAGGGUCUCGCUCGUCUUAAAAAAAAUAUUUCUGCCAAAUACAACUCCAUACUACAGAUAAUUUCAAAAUACAAGAACAACUCUGCGCAUGGAGGUUACGAGGUUUCAUCGAUGCCGCUGACUAGUCAGGAGAAGUUACAGUUAAAGUCGGGUAUUGACAACCUGCCCAGUGAAAAACUGAUGGAUCUCAUGAACCUGAUUAAGAGCAGGGAGCCGUGUGCAGGAAGGUCUGCAUCCAGAGACUUUGAAGUUGACUUGGAAAAUCUCAAAACUUCCACACUGAGAGACUUACAGCAGUUUGUGGCUUCUGGUCUGAAAAAGCACAAGAAUAGCAGAAACAGUAAAAGUUUUAACCCCAAAGGAGGACUGAAGAUGGAAAGGGCAAAGGGAGGAGGAAAAGGUUUAAGCAGGAACAAGAAGAAACCAAAGCUGUUUGUGGAUGCUUCUGCUAACCACAGCCACCGGUCACCGUCCAGCAGCAGCAGCAGCAGCAGCUCCUCAUCAUUCAGCUCUUACACCAGCAGCUCUAGUAGUUGUAGCUCUAGUGAUGACAGCGACACUGAAUCAGAUUUUUCUACGCUUUUAUCCCCCAUGGCUUCUCCUGGAGAGCUGAAGGACCUGACCGCGGCCAUAUUCCAGGGUCCAGUGCUGUCCCCUCUCACAGGCAGCCCACUGCUGUUCAAAGAAGAGACGGGGUGCUAUUUCAGGAACCUUGAAGAUUUUCCUGACCCUCAGGAGAGCAACAUAGCUGACAGUCAGACUACAUCUACAUAUACUGAGGAGGACAAAUCUCAGAUCCCUAAAAAGGACAUUAUCCUGAAAAAUGCAGUGUCUUGGGCAAAGUUGGGGAAACAGUCGGUCCCUCCUGCUGCUAUCAAAGCCUCUAAAGAGAGUUUUCAGCUGUUCCGUAAGGCCGCCAUAGAGAAGGAGGAACGGGAGAAGGUGCAGAAGAGGAAACAGUCGGAUACAACCAUAGAGACGGAGCCCGCUGAAAGGAGCAGCCUCCCAGGCUCCUGUAAAUCAGAUCCACCUGAGCAGAUUAUAGAGAAUCCUGAUUUGCUGGACAGCAUCUGCCCUGUGGCUGGGCUGGACCCCCCCAAACGUAUCGAGCACUUAAUGUCUCCAGCUGAGACAAGGCCCCAAAACCAACAAUCUUCUAAAGAUAAAGAGAGAGAGCUGGCCCGCAGAAAAGAGCAGGAACGUCGCAGACGAGAGGCUAUGUCUGGUAUCGACAUGACCAUGCAGCGGGACAUCAUGACUUCAUUUGAACUUAAUCUGGACUGAAGGCAGAGGCUGUGAAGUAAAACUCUAAGGUCAAAGGUCUUUGGUUGUCCAGGGUUUUGAGAUUAGAUGUAAUUUCCUCAGACUUGGUAGACACUAAUUCAAACUCAAACCUGUCGUUUAGCUGAAAAUAAAAAGUGGAUAAAUUGAAAAAGGACAGAUCUAUCCUUCUGUUAGCAAGAAGCUCAAGAGUGCAUUAGUGCAAAUAUCAAUUGUUUAUAGCACCGUUAUUAUUUGGACUCGUAUUUCUCACCGUUUCACAGUUUAUCAAAAUGUAUGUUGUCAGAUGUUCGGUUCUGUUGCUUCUUGGAAUUGUCGAGUCCUUUCAGUGGAUUGUUUCAAUGUUAAGUUCAUUUUGUUUUACCCAGAAACCUAGAGUUAAGUCAGAGCACUGUUUUGUUUUUUUUAACCUCACACCAGCAUUAUACAUUCCCACUGUACAGUAAGGGAUCGAUAUGUGGACUAAGGAAGUGUAGCGCAAAUGAUUCCUAGCUGUUCAUAUUAGCUGUUGCUAAUGUCUGUGCUAACUGUAAAGAUGAAGCAGGCUGGUCGCUUAGCUCUGAUUGUAAUGCAGUAAUGAUAAUUAGCAUAUCCUCUA